AUGAGCAUCAGCAUGCAGGUUAUCGGGCUCUUUCCACCGCCUCCUUCAUUCUCCGCAAAUUACCUUUUCGUCUUUAAAGAUGAAAAUAUUGUCACCAACAUGCCCAACGUGAUACCUAUGAAGACGGCGAACUAUCAAGGUGAAAUUGAGAUGGCCAGUAACACGAUCAAUUCUUGCUAA